GCCGCCUCCUCGCUCCGCCAGUCGGCGCGACCCAGGUGCCGGCGGGCAGGAGGAGCCCGAGGAUGUGCGGCUGGCUGCUGCUCCUCCUCUGGGGGCUACUCCCCGGCGUGGUGGCAGGGGGCUUGGACCGGGCCCUCCCUCACCGCACCCUCCUCGACUCCGAGGGCAAGUACUGGCUGAGCUGGGGUCCCCGGGGCGGCCGGCUCGCCUUCCGCCUCGAGGUGCGCACCGCCGGCUACGUGGGCUUCGGCUUCUCGCCCACCGGGGCCAUGGCAGCGGCGGACAUCGUCGUGGGCGGGGUGGCCCACGGGCGGCCCUAUCUGCAGGAUUAUUUUACAAAUGCAAACAGAGAGUUGAAAAAAGAUGGUCAGCAAGAUUACCACCUGGAAUAUGCCAUGGAAAAUAGCACCCACACAAUAAUUGAAUUUACCAGAGAACUGCACACAUGUGACAUAAACGACAAGAGUAUAACGGAGAGCACGGUGAGAGUGAUCUGGGCUUACCACCAUGAAGAUGCGGGCGAAGCCGGCCCCAAGUACCAUGACUCCAAUCGUGGCACCAAGAGCCUACGGCUGUUGAAUCCCGAAAAAACCAACGUGUUGUCUACAGCCAUAUCAUACUUUGACCUGGUGAAUCAGGACGUCCCCAUCCCAAACAAAGGUACGACCUACUGGUGCCAAAUGUUUAAGAUCCCUGUGUUCCAGGAAAAGCAUCAUGUAAUAAAGGUGGAGCCAGUGAUACAGAGAGGCCACGAAAGUCUGGUCCACCACAUCCUUCUCUAUCAGUGCAGCAGCAGCUCUAACGACAGCGUUCUGGACUACGGCCACGAGUGCUACCACCCCAACAUGCCUGAUGCCUUCCUCACCUGCGAGACCGUUAUUUUUGCCUGGGCCAUUGGUGGAGAGGGUUUUUCCUAUCCACCUCAUGUUGGGUUAUCCCUUGGCACUCCGUUAGAUCCUUGUUAUGUGCUCCUGGAAGUCCAUUAUGACAACCCAACAUACAAGGAGGGCUUAAUAGAUAAUUCUGGGCUGAGGUUAUUUCAUACGACAGAUAUAAGGAAGUACGAUGCUGGGGUGAUUGAGGCUGGCCUCUGGGUAAGCCUCUUCCACACUAUCCCUCCAGGGAUGCCUGAAUUCCGGUCUGAGGGUCACUGCACUCUGGAAUGCCUAGAAGAGGCUCUGGAAGCUGAAAAGCCAAGUGGAAUCCAUGUGUUUGCUGUUCUUCUCCAUGCUCACCUGGCUGGCAGGGGCAUCAGGCUCCGUCAUUUUCGCAAAGGGGAGGAAAUGAGAUUACUGGCUUAUGAUGACGAUUUUGACUUCAAUUUCCAGGAGUUUCAGUAUCUAAAAGAAGAACAAACAAUCUUACCAGGAGAUAAUCUAAUUACCGAGUGUCGUUACAACACAAAAGAUAGAGUCCGGAUGACUUGGGGAGGAUUAAGCACCAGGAAUGAAAUGUGUCUCUCAUACCUUCUUUAUUACCCAAGAAUUAAUCUUACUCGAUGUGCAAGUAUUCCAGACAUCAUGGAACAACUUCAGUUCAUUGGUGUUAAGGAGAUCUAUAGGCCAGUCACGACCUGGCCCUUCAUUAUCAAAAGCCCCAAGCAGUAUAAAAACCUUUCUUUCAUGGACGCAAUGAAUAAGUUUAAAUGGGCUAAAAAGGAAGGUCUUUCCUUCAACAAGCUUGUCCUUAGCUUGCCCGUGAACGUGAGAUGCUCCAAGACAGACAAUGCAGAGUGGUCGAUUCAAGGGAUGACAGCGUUACCUCCCCACGUGGAAAGACCGUACAAAGCAGAGCCUUUGGUGUGUGGGGCCUCUUCUUCCUCUUCUCUGCACAGAAAUCGCUCCCUUGAGCUGCUCGUGGGCUGCCUGGUUCUUGGCAGCAUGCUGCCCAGCACACGCCUGGGGUUGUCAUUCGGUGCCUGGGGACGAUGCUUCCUGUGA